AUGGAGGACCGGAAGAGGCCCGCAGCGGAUAGCAAUGAAUCGGCCCCGCCGUCGAAGAAGCAAGCCACCACCGUUAACGGUACCAGCAAACCCCACCCAGAUGCGGAUAUGCCCUGGCGCGACGAUUUGGAGCGUUUUCAAAAAGAUGCCAUCCUACGCCAAAUGCAAGAAUACAAGCGUGAGAAAGCUGGUCUCGAGUCGCAGCUGAAUCGGAUGUCCAAAGCUGCUGCCCAUCAUGAUGAUCAUCUCCGCGCCAUCGAUGCUUGGUUCCGUCAACUUGUCGAUGAGGUCAAAAUUUUACUAGGAACCUCGCAUGAACAAACAAAAGAAAUGACUUUUAAGAGUUCUCUUCAGUUCGAAGAUGUCAGUGAAUUUGAGGCGCAUUUGAAGGCGCGCUCGGAUGACAUUCGCGAAAUCAUCAGUCUUUUCCAGUCCAAAAUGGACUCGUUGUCACCUGACGUCACGAGUCUCCAAAACGAAUUAGCGAAGAAGCUCGCCGAGGAAAAGAUCACGAUUGCGAAGUUGGAACAGACUAUUGCCGAGAAACAACAACUAGAAGAAAGUUUAGAGGCAGCUUCACUUCGCUAUAUGGUUGCGGAGAAAAAGCUCGAUCGUGCGCGCAGUCUGACCGUUGCCAAGCUAGAGAAACAGUACCUGCUAGGGGGAAAGCGCCCUGGCUCAGAAGGCGCGGGGGCAAGACGCGAUGAAGGCUCUCCAGCAAACGGUGGGCCGUCCGGUUCCGAACGGAACGCGGAGUUGGAAGAUUCAUACAAUAAACUGAAUGUGGUAUCAGAGAAGCAGAAGGAACAGCUGCAGAAGUUGGAAGCCGAAAACGCAAAUCUUCUCAGCCAGAUUACCGAUAUUAAAGUGAAGUCCUCGAAAUUUACCGACGACGACUAUGCCCACACUGAUCUCUUCAAACAACUUCGAUCGCAACAUGAUGAUGUGGUGAAGCGCAUCAACCAUCUUGAGGCAACAAAUACGCAACUACGGGAGGAAGCCGAAAAAUAUCGCUCAGAACGGAAUGCAUACAAACUUCAAUUGGAAGAAGAGUCGAACGCUGCGAUUGCGGAGAAAGAGGCAGCCCUCAUGAGGGCCGAAACUGACUUGGCGCGGAUACGAAAUGCACGGGAUGAGCUUUUCGCGGAUCAGCAAAUACGAAAGACUACUCAGGACCAAGAGAAAUUGACCGGUGCAAAGCUGCAGGAGUUGGCAGAUGCGAGGGAAGCACGCAUUGCGGCACUGGAGUCUGAAGUUGAGAGACUGCGAGUGCAGACUGGAGAAUCCAAAACAAAUUCCGACAUCGACAAAAUUCCCGUGGAAGAGCUUCGCACGAAGUACGCGAGCCUCGAACGGCAAUACUCCAUGCUCAAUACUGAGUUGAGUUCCAUGCAAACAGCCUACAAGAAAUUUUCGACUCUUGCCUCGCAGAAAGUGACGGAUUUCAAAGCUUUGGAAGAUAAGGUGGCACGCUUGGCCGCUGAGAAAUCAAAAGCCGACCAGAAAUACUUUGCUGCCAUGAAAAGCAAAGAAGCCCGAGACGCCGAGGUGCGUACACUUCGCAUGCAAAACUCGAAGACGUCCGAUAUUGUGUCGCAAUUGAAAGAAUCGGAGGCCGCCACACGGUCCUUGUUAGCAAACAUGGACAAGCAAGUGAACGAAAUGAAGGAAGCUUUGAACUCGGCGUCUGAGAAGCAGCGGACGAGUCAGCAGCAGCUCACGGAAAGCAACAUCGUGGUCGAGGGCUUGAAGAGCCAGGUCACAGAACUAAAGAAUCUCUCGACGUCAAAAGAUGCCACACUGAGCAGCACAUCGGCCGCUUUACGGCAAGCGGAAACCGAGAUCGUGGGCCUGAAGCAGAGUCUUGCGGAUACAAAGAAGAGCUUGGAUAAUUGGAAGAACAAAAGUCUUGGCAACAAUUCCUCUGAAUAUGAGAUGCUAAGGACGCUUGCACUUUGCACUGUUUGCCGUCGCAACUUCAAGAACACUGUCAUCAAGACCUGCGGCCAUGUGUUUUGCAAAGACUGCGUCGAGGAACGGCUUACUUCUCGGUCCCGGAAAUGUCCUAACUGUAAUAGAUCUUUCGGCAGCAACGACCACAUGCAUAUUACCCUGUGA